CUAGGUUGCACUGUUCAAAGUUCAGACAAGUUACACUUCCAAUCUGUUGUCACUUCAUGUUGCGUCACAUGCUACACACCUACCGCCAUGUCAACUGUACGGAAAUAUGAGCUUUGGGCGGAUAGUCUGCAAGUUAGUUCCCCUCCCGCUAGUGGGCUACUGCGCCACUAUGUCCACAUCAGACAUGUUGCGACUUUAAAACUGAACUCUGCGUAGAUUUGAGUUUUGUGUUGCUUCUGUGUCUUCAUGGGUGACUCGGACGCGGCCAAGGCCUGCACUCGCAAGAGAAGGGCGACUUUCGCGGCAGGGAGAAGCGCCAGUGUGCUCCCGGUGAACGGGAAGUCUGCAGCGGAGUAUCAGAGCUCCCUGAACGCGGACAUAAGCAGCUACAAUGGCGAGGGGAAACCUGACUGCUCCCUGGAGACAAUCGGCUCUAAGUCAAAGAGGGAAGCAAAGAAACGGAGGAGUGACAUAGGGGACAGGUUGAGCUGCCAUAAGACCCAGGAGUCCCUGCUAAGUUCAUCCAGUGGCUACAAUAACUACAGAGGAAUCCUCAACUGGUGCGUGGUCAUGCUGGUGCUGAGUAAUGCUCGCCUCUUCUUAGAGAACCUCUUAAGGUACGGUGUCCUGGUGGAUCCAAUCCAGGUGAUUUCCUUGUUUUUGAAUGAUCCAUACAGCUGGCCAGCAGCAUGCCUGCUGAUUGUGUCCAACGUCUUCAUUCUGGUGGCUCUCUACACAGAGAGGCAGCUGUCCAAGGGCUCAUUCAGCGAACCUUUGGGAUUUCUGGUCCAUUGCAUUAACCUGACAAUCAUGCUAACAUUCCCGGCUGCAGUGGUACUCGUGGUCCCCUCUAUGAAUCCAGUUGGAGGUGCUUUCGUUCUCGGGACUUACACCAUCCUCCUUCUGAAGCUGUACUCUUAUAAGGACGUCAACAUGUGGUGCAGAGAGCUGAGCACUGCCAAGGCCAAGAAACUGUCCAGGUCUCUGUCCUGUCCUUCAUCGCCACUUUUCAAGGAAUGUAAAGUGUGCUACCCUGGCAAUCUCACCAUAAGAGACAUGUACUACUUUAUAUCUGCGCCUACUCUCUGCUACGAGCUCAACUUCCCUCGCUCACCUAAGAUUCGUAUGAGCUUCCUGCUGAGGAGACUGGUUGAGAUGAUGUUCUUCAUCCAGCUGUUAGUUGGUCUCACUCAACAGUGGAUGAUUCCCAUCAUUCAGAGUUCCAUGAAACCACUGGAGGACAUGGAUCUAUCCAGGAUGACUGAGAGACUUCUAAGAUUAGCUGUUCCUAAUCACCUGCUGUGGCUCAUGUUUUUUUACUGGUUCUUCCACUCCUCUAUGAACUUUACCGCUGAGCUCCUGCGCUUUGGGGACCGGCAGUUCUACAAGGACUGGUGGAACUCUGAGUCGGUGACAUAUUUCUGGCAGAACUGGAACAUCCCUGUACACAAGUGGUGUCUGCGACACUUCUACAAGCCACUGCUAAGGAGAGGAUUUAGUAAAAUGUUCAGCCAAUCAGCUGUCUUCUUCUUGUCAGCCUUCUUCCAUGAGUACUUGGUGAGUGUUCCUCUCAGGAUGUUCAGGCUUUGGGCCUUCAUGGGCAUGAUGGCGCAGCUUCCAUUAGCCUGGUUUGUUGGCGCCUUCCUUCGUGGCAACUAUGGCAACGCUGCAGUGUGGAUGUCCCUCAUCAUCGGUCAGCCCUUCGCCGUGCUGAUGUACGUCCACGACUAUUACGUCCUGCACUACAGACAGGAGGCUGAAUAAUACACAGGCUUACAUCGUACAACUCUACACGUCAGGAUCCCUGCAUGAUUUUACAUGUUUACAUUAGACAGCUUUGUCACCGUAAAAAAGAAGCUGUAAAAAUAGCCAGCAUGGGAAAAAUGAAUAAUAAUAAGUGUAGAAUUUUUAAAUGUUACUACAAAGCAAGGAGGAAGGUUUCACUUCUGUAUUAAGUGCAGCUUCUCACUCAGGAAAUGUAUCUUUCAGUCUCUUUUCGAAGCCUCUGUUGGCCAGUUUGAUCUGAAAUUUCUGGGCUGAUUGAGAAAACUACUGAAGGUGGUACUGUAAAAACCUUCAAGCAUAAGUUUUACUCCUUUUUUAGCUGAUUUGUAUUUAGCAAUACAGCUGACGAAAUGGUUUAAGUUGUUAAAGAUUAAUGUUCCAGUGCCUUUCCUUCUUUCCCUGUCUGCCAGAGGGGGCUUACUCUGUCCUGUUUUAUGUGACAUGGAACACCACUUGCACACUGAAUGUAUUCUGGUAGGAUUUUAUGAUAGAAGUGCAGUUUUUAUUUUUAAUGAUGUUUGGCCUACAUUGCUUUUCUACCUUUUUAUGGUACUUUUUCCAUUUAAAUUGAAUUGCCAUUGAAGUAACAGAACAUUUCCAGACCAGUCUAAAGUUAAUGUAAAGGUCACUGAAUCAGUGUGUUUUCAUUGUGCUGAUAAUAAUUUGGGCUUCUGCAGGGUAAUGAUGUGUAAUGAUCUUUUUGAGAUUUGUGACAGAAAAUAAAGAUUUUAAGUGUUA